UUCCCACUGCCCAUGUCCCUUAGAACAUGGAGGAAAUUAUGGCAGUUUUUCCUACCCCUCUCCAUAUAAGGCUAGAACCUCUCAUAUUUCUCUCCUCUCUGAGAGAUAUAUAUUCUAAAUUCCCAACCAUAACAAUCAGAAAAGACCAUCCUAACUACAAAAGCUCUCAGAUUACAUAUAUAUAUAUAUAUAUAUCAAACACUUCGCAGAUCUUGUUGAAGCAACCCCUAGUUGGAAACCCACUUUCUGCAACAUCAUUAUGACGAUCAAACCAAACUAGGAAAAAAGAACACCACUUUUCUUGAUUCUCUGCAAAUAUUGGAAUAAAAGAGGGAAGAAAGACCAGAAACAUGGAGAUUGAGAUGGUCAAGUGCGAGUGUUGUGGACUAAAAGAGGAUUGCACGCAAGACUACAUCACUCAAGUGAAGGCGAAAUUCGACGGCAAAUGGCUCUGUGGGUUGUGCUCGGAAGCAGUAAGAGACGAGGUUAGCAAAGGCAAGAAGCCAUUCGGCAUGGAAGAAGCUGUGAGAGCUCACAUGUCAUUUUGUGGUAAAUUCAAAUCCAACCCUGCAGUUCAAGUUGCAGAUGGGAUGAGACAGAUGCUUAGAAGAAGGUCAGACAUGUCCUCAUCAUCGCCAUCUUCGUCUUCAUCGAAGAAGUAUACAAGAUCAUCAAGCACAUCCCAAGUGGCCGGGUGAUUCGUCUUCUUUCUCAUUGUACUAAUUCAGACAGGGUUGGCCGGCAGGGCAUGUUAGUUUCUUGGUUGAAAUAAUAUAUUAAGGUAGUGUUUCUUGUACAGGGGAUGUUUUCCUUUAUUAUGAUCCAUUUCAUCAUGAUGGGUAUGAUGUUGCUCUGCUUUUCUUGGCUACAAAGACGAACAAAAGUCCAGGGUAAAUCUUAAAUUCUACCUUAAAGUGUUGAAAAUAUGAGGAGAAAGAAAAACCAUCUUCCCUUUGUUUUUUUUCUCCUGAUAAAGUAAAGGAAUUAAAGAAAUUAAAAAGUAAUUUCCACUCUUGUUCCUCCCCAUAAA